CUCUUUUGCAAAGUUGUUUGCCACACCUAUCUAACCCCAGGCGUGGCAGAGGUGUGGCGCACACGCAUAGGUGAACUGCAAGACAUUUUUCCUUCUUCUAUUCCCAUGAAAAGUCAUUCACUCGACGUUUUGUAGUGAAAGGGGCCUUCAUUCUGUAACGGCCGGAAGAAAUUCACAGAAAAAAUGACUGUUGAGCCGUUGCGUUCAGCAAUGUCGGUGGUACAGAUUGAGGACACGUCUCUUGCGGUGCCGUCCGAUGACAAACUGCGCACAGGACAGCAGCGUGUACUUGAUCAGGUUCACACGCUCAAGAGAAGCAAAUCGAAACAAUCCAAAAAUGGAUCGCUCUCGCCCUCAAGUCCCCUGACACCCACGUCCCUCAAUGAGUCAGCAACUUUCAGGUUUACACCUGGGACAAUAAAUGGCAGCGCCUUCAGCCGGAGCAAGUCCACUGUGGUGGGAGGCCACAAUAAGACGAUGGGCCAAGUGAAGAGCCGCACCCUGUCUGCCAAGUCCUCCAGGCGGGAGGUGAAGAGUGUCAGCCAGUGGGAUCAGCAGUUCCAGUCCUCCCAUUGGCCCCUUCCUCCGCAGGGGGGCAAGUUCAUCAUCAACGGGGGGGUCAAACCCAGCCGCAGCGAGACCUCCCUGGCCCUCAACGGCACGGGCAAUGGCACGAUGCAGAAGCGCGCAACUGGCCAGACAUCAUCCUCUUCGUUCUUCAUGUCUUCGGGAGGACCCACGGCCUCCAUUGCCAAGCCGAGCCGGGCCAACAACUCGGUGCACUCCAUGUCGAGCGAGACGGCCGUGAACAAUCAGAGCAGCAGUAUGACCUCCAACCAAGUCACCACCACGGUGACCACCAGCACCACCAAACAGAGCCGCUCGCAGCCCAUUGUCAUGCCGACGCCGACCACCCCGACGCCCGUCCAGGCAGAAACCACGCAGAAGAUAUCCAUUGUCAAGACGAAGAGUGAAGUGGCUGGUGUGAACCCCCUGAGUAACGUGCCAGACAUCACGCUGAAGGAGGCUGUGGAGUAUCUGUCUAAAGAGGAGGGCAACUACCAGCUGUGGGGCGCAUCUUUCAUACAGCAUGCCACCUUCAACCAAGACAAAGCCAAGCAGGAGGUGCUGGAGCUGGGUGGCAUCCCUCCUCUGGUGGCCCUUUUAAGGCACUCCAACUCCCAGGUUCAGCAGACAGCGGCGGCAGCUCUUCGCAACCUGGUCUUCAAGAAUCCUGCCAACAAGAUGGAGGUCAACAGCUGCGGAGGAACAGACGAGGCCCUCACCCUGCUCAAGGAGACCAACUCCACUUUCACACAGAAACAGCUCACAGGCCUGCUGUGGAACCUGUCGUCUGCGGAUGAGUUGAAGCCGAGCCUGAUCGAGAGUGCCCUGCCGGUGCUGACCGAGACCAUUGUGGUGCCCCACUCCAGCUGGUCUGACACCAGCGUCAGCAACUACGGGGACCCAGAGGUCUUCCACAGUGCCACCGGCUGUCUGCGCAACCUGAGCUGUGCGAGCGUGGCGGAGAGGCAGGCUAUGCGGGAUUGUAGGGGCCUCAUCGAUGCCAUCAUCAGCUAUGUGCAGUCCCGUGUAGCCGUCGACACUCCAGAUGACAUGUCGGUGGAGAACUGUGUGUGUAUUCUGCACAACUUGACAUACCAGCUGGAGACAGAGGCACCAGAGCAGUUCACUAAGUACACAGAGCCUGAAGUGAGGGCCAAUGCCAAGAAAUCUGCACCCGUCGGCUGCUUCAGUCCUAAAAGCAAAAAGAUAACGGAGCAGAGCUCCUUCAGCUACCCGAUGUCGGAGGCGAGUGAGCCGGAGGGGCUGGGUCUACUGUACCACUCCAAGACCAUGCAGACGUACCUGUCUCUGCUGGGCUCCAGCCAGAAGGACGCCACGCUGGAGGCCUGCUGUGGUGCUCUGCAGAACCUCACCGCCAACCACAGCUCGGUAUCCAGCGCAAUGAGUCAGACCAUAGCGGACAAGCUGAGCGGACUGCAACACAUCUCUCCACUCCUCCAGUCGCCCAACCGCAGCCUGCAGAAGACCGCCAUGUCCCUCAUGGGCAACCUCAGCCGGACCCCAUCGCUACACAAGAGCAUGGUGCGGCAGAUCCUUCCGCAGCUAGCAUUGCUGCUGACAGCGGGGCCUAAGGAGCUGUGUAACUGUGACGACACCAUAGUAACGGCGUGCAACACCGCCCGCACACUCCUCAUGUCCGACACCGAGGGGGCUAAGAAACUGCUGACCACAGGCCUGGUCGACUCCCUCAGCUCACUCAUUGAAAACCAGAAAUUUCCAAAGGGAAGCAAAGCAGCUGCUCUUCUCCUGUACACCCUAUGGGAUGACAAGGACAUCCAGGGACACCUAAAAAAGCAAGGGAUGAACAAGUCCACAUUUGUCAACGAAGUCACGACAGAGGCUCACCGUUCGGUGCAGGUUAUUGAUUGACAGCAGACAGUAUGGCACUCACAAGAGGCUCAUGGUGAAGACUUGUGUGACACACAUUCACACUUGCACUCGCACUUGCACAUGCAUGCACGCAUGCAGGCACACACACACACACACACACACACACACACACACACACACACACACACACACACACACACACACACACACACACACACACACACACACACACACACACACACACACACACACACACACACACACACACACACACACACACAGCCUCACCCACCCUCUGAAAGGAUUCCACCUUCUCUGUUUUCUGUGGUGGUGGAGAUGAUGACUUUUUGGAAGAUCAAAACAUAUGUGCCACUAUGGACCUUUUCCCUCCCAACGCUUUUUCAAGAGACCUGCGUUCAUUCUAUCGACUUAUUUUUCUUUGUUUUUCUUCUUUUUCAACGUAAACACGGUACAGUCCUGUCCACAUGGAUGCAUUGAUGUAAGCACAACAAGAUGCUCAGAUUUCAAUAUGAACACAGACGUCUUCAUGAGUGUAUUAGAGACAGUCACAUUAAAGGGGUGCACUGGAAAGAGACGGGCACACAAAGAUCAGCACAUGGAAAACCAUUAAUUAUGGUUUUCCAUCAGACAUUGUAUAUACUGAAUACUGAAAUGGGUAUGCUGCCCAAAAAUAGACACUCAAUCAUCAUAACAGUUUAAUCUAACUAUCACCAUAUAGCGCUCAACAGUAUAUUACAGUCAGAGUAUUAUUAGUCUGUGUGGAUAAAUAUUGCUUGUUUAUGUGCCAAUGAAACCCUGAAACACUGGAGAGACCACAACGAGGUGUCUGGAUCCAUGUUUACCACCCAAAUAAGAACCCUGGUCAUCAUACAUGUAUUAUGAGAUAUGAUAACACAUCUGGAUUAUAGUAUUUCCUCUGACCUCACCAAGAAUAAAGACCAGUUCAGGGUGUUGUAUUUGUGAGGGACUGAGUGGGGGACUGCACAGAUCUGAGUCAAUUAUAGCCUGGCUAUUUGUAGGUAUAGAGUCGAAAAGAAAAGUUAUAAAGUUGUAAAGAAAAGAUAAACCAGUUGUUGCAAGAGCCUGGUUGUCAUACUGUUAUUGCCAGAAAGAAAUGGGCUUGGAAAACCUGACCUAGGCUGAAAGUUAUGAAGAGGCAGGAUCAUAUGAGCAUAUUUUAAACGCUUGUGUGGAUAGAGAUGCAACCAUUCAGAGAUGUAACUGUCUUCGAUGGCAUGCUGUCUGUAUGGGUAGUUUCUAAGCGGUUCAGAUUUUUUUUUCCAGACCAGAAAAAAAAUUAGAAUAGACAGACUCGCCUGAACGACGUAGCCCCAUAAUGUACGCCAUUCCACCAGUCAUUGAAAAGUUAACUACCAUAGUACCGGUACUAUACCACAUGACAGUGCACAGGGCCUUUAUAAUGCACUAUGACUUGGUAAUUGGCAUUCUGGUAACAGCAAAUUUAUCACGCAGUGUCUAAACAGGAAACACUAAUUUCAAAGGGGGGUCAAGAACAGAAUGAUAGCAGAUUGGUUUUCAGCAUGAUUUCAAAACUAAGCACUAUUUAUUUUCAGAUUUGAGUUCCCCUUACUGUAAUGUUAUCUUCCAUUAAACAGUAUGUACAUAUCAGAAUUCCCUCCAUUUAACAGUAUAUCGAUGGUGAUACAAGUGUCAUCAAACUCCUCUAGAGCAGCAUAUUUUGGCACAUUCUCCUAAUGUAUCCCGUGACCUGAUUAACACGUCUUCGGUCAUAAUCUGUGUACAGUGUUAGGAAUGCUAAGGAAAUGCAUGUUACCAGGACUACUAAUGUUUAUUUCUUCGUAUAGGGCCUACUGUACAUGUACAUAUUUACAUGAAUAUCAAUUGAUGUAAUUUUGCUGAUUUCUUGAUUGAAAUGUAAGGUGAUGCCAAAAUGUUUGACCAAGUGCAGUAUCAUCAUGUCUUUUAUCAUAAUGCAAAACUCUACACUGUAAAACAUUGCAAGCCAGUUAAACGUUAAAGGUGCACUGUGUACUAUUUUUAGUUGUUUCUUCCCAGAGUCCAUGUUGCCCAUUCACAGUUACCUUUUUCAUGAAUACUUACCACCACCAUCAAAUUCCAAGUAUUCAUUAUGACAAGAUACAAGAUAUUUUAUUGUCAUGUGUACAUGAAUUCUAGAAUCCCUGCUCGGAGAGUCCCAAAAAAGGUAAAAAGUAAAAAGGCAAAAGUAGAAAUAAGGAAAAAUACACAUAUAUUUAAAAAGUUUUAAAAGCUGCAUUUAAAAAAGACUAUGAUGAGUGAAAUAGUGGAUUUCUUCCUAUGGUGGGUUGGAGUUCAACAGCCUGAUGGCUUGAGGAAAGAAACUGUCCCAAGGUCGGCUGGUGUGGGCGCGUAUGCACCUGUAUCUGCAGGCAGAUGGUAGUGGGGUGAAGUGUGUGUAGCUGGGGUGGUGCUGGUCCAUUAUUAUUCGUUUGGCCUUCCUUAGACACAGUUGAUUGUAAAGAUCCUGGAUGUUGAGUAGUUCGGUUUUGAUUACCCGUUGAUCAGAUUUGAUGACUCGCUGGAGGGCUCUUCUGUCUUGGGCAGUGGUGCUUCCAUACCAGGCUGUGAAAUGACCAGUUAAGAUACUUUCUAUUGUACAGUGAUAGAAGAUGACUGGGAAAAUGGCACUUUUCAUACUUGAAAAAGGGGAUCUUCUCCAUGUCGGACAUUUAGAAUUUCCAGAAAUAGACAUUUUUAGCAGCAAAAUUUACUGUACUUUGGUCAUACUAUUUGUUUAUUACGAAGUAAAUAUUCCUGAAAAGAUCUAAUUUGGCAGCAGACAGCACAGUUUCAAUGAACAGCAUAGUUGCAAUACCUACUCUGUCCACAUCCUACACAGGACACCUUUAAAAGGUAUGUUGCCCUCCUGCCUUAAGUUUGUAAGUUAACUCAACUUAAGGCUUAACUCAACCCGAGGCUCAAGUAAUGCAACGUAAUA